AUGGCGCUGAACUUGGCAUUAUUCCACCCAGAGAUUCUGUCUCUGACAAUCAUGUUUGCAGAAGCUCCAGGCCUCACGGCCAUUCGCCUUUUCUGCAAGUCUUUCCAUGACGCUGCAGCAAGAUGGUUUGGCGAAACGUUUUUCGCUGAGCGUCCACAUGUGAUCUCGUACAGCAGUAUGGCUGAGCUCGUCCAGAUAUCCGCCAACCCAAGGGUGGGCCCUCAUAUACGCCAAUUGGGGUUCAACAGCAUCUUACUCUCAGUGCCAUCAUUCGUUCGAGCUCAAGAGACCGGCUUGAGUAGCCAAGUCCUGGUUUCCAGAGCCGCCGCCUGCCACGAGCAACUGACUUGCCUCGAAAAUGCCAUCUUCGAACAGCAGCUUGUGCUUGUGUUGCAAAACCUCAAGCUUUGGGGAAGUCAUUCAGUCAAGGUUCACUUUUACGGCAAUCGCGGGCCAUAUCAUGGUUGGGGCUGGCAGAGUCUUCUUCCCAAGCACGAUCCUACGCCGCUCGAGGUCCUCAGAAAACCACCACCUAUCAUUGAUCGUGGAGCGAUGCACGAAAUCACCUUUGCUUAUAUUCAUGCUAUACAAUCUAUCAACUAUCCCAUGCCUGGUAUGAUGCUCGAUUUCAACCAGAAAUGCGCCGGUCCUACAAACAUUCUCCACUAUCUCAACGAGGUUCAAGCAGAGAGCUCAACAGCUCAAUCGAACCGACGUUCCCGUGAUGACCUGCUCGCUCGACGAUUCAGUGCCGGCUUCAAUGGGCGUCAGAGAGGACACCACGACUUGCUCCAUUACAUGCCAGGUGAAAAGUGUCCGGAAGUACGCUCCGGGUUCAUCUCAGGCAUCAUCAAUGACUUCCAAGCCUUCACACAAUGGCUACCACAAAACUUUGUAAAGNNAGACAUCACCACCUACUGGGAAGGCAAGCUUGACACCUUUCUUGCUCACAAUUCUCCACUCAAGCACCUCGAGCUUCACUCCUGUCAAUUCUGGGGUGUUGAGUGGAGCGAAAUCUUCACCAAGCUUGUGAAAGACGUCAACAAAGAGGACCCUCUUCCUGGACUUAAACACUGCAGUUUCACUGAUGUUCACCUCUAA